CCUUCUUUUAACCCAAUACAACCUUCUUGGAUAUUGUCCCAAAAGAAGAACUGGUUCUUUUUACUAUAGCCUUUAGAAAUGUGAAAAAAUUUCUUUAAGGUUAUCGUCUGUGCCUUUCUUUUUGUUGCUGAUCCAUGAAUGACUUAUCCAACUAAAGUUAAAGGUUCACCUACCAUGUUCUUCCCUUUAAAUACACUGGCAUUCUUCAAGGUUUGAUCAACCUCUGAGAGUACUGCUUCUUCAAUCUCUAAAAGGAGAAAGCAUUGUGGAGCACUAGCUGCAGUUUGAGAUAUGAAGAACCAGCUUGCACGACAGAUCAAUGGUAUCCCAGUUAGCUGCCAAAAUCAGAAUCCCUCUUCUUCAAAUACAUCUCUGGCAUUAACUCAUAGUAAGGUGGACAGAAAGAAGAAUAUGAUGAUCAGAUAUGAGAAAAAGGCCGAUAAUUUUGUACAUGGAAUCAGAGAACAUGUGAGAUUAGGACCUAAGAUCUCUGAAACAGUGAAGGGGAAGUUGAGCUUGGGGGCCAGAAUUCUUCAACUAGGGGGAGUGAAGAGAGUUUUCAAGCAAAUUUUUGGUGUUGGAGAAGGAGAGAAGCUAUUGAAGGCUUCUCAAUGCUAUUUAUCAACAACAGCAGGCCCUACAGCUGGCCUCCUCUUUAUCUCUACUCAAAGGGUUGCCUUCUGCAGUGAGAGACCAAUCAAAUUCUCUUCAAAUGGUGAAUUGGUUAGAUUCCAUUACAAGGUCUCAAUCCUACUGAGAAAGGUAAAGAGAGUAGACCCAAGUGAGAAUGUGAAAAACCCAUCUCAGAAGUACAUGAAAAUAGUCACUGUGGAUAAUUUUGACUUCUGGUUUAUGGGGUUCUUGAAUUACCAGAAAUCUUUCAACUGUCUCCAACAGGCACUGUCUCAAUCUUGAAUGAGUUACAAGAUUCAAGCAGAAAUGGUUUUCCUCUGCUUCAUUAGAUGUAUUUACAUGAAGCAAAAACAAAGCUUCUACACGGCCCAAAACUCUGUAUAAAGUAUUUGUCAAUGAAAAAUUGAUCUCCGAUUUUUCAACUAUUGUUAUAUAGAAUGAGCUCCACCGAAGUGAUUGAUGUUUUAUAA